GGAAGGAAAUCAAACUUUAAGAACAACUUAGACAAACUCAUGUUCACCUGCAGGACUUAAACAUCAACUAUUCUGCCAUAUUUAACCAUUCUUACCUUUAUUUACUGUAAUGACGCAGAGGCGUUGCGUCAUGACGCACUAAUUAAGCUGGUUGUUGUAAAUGGAUCCGCUGCUUCAGCAUGGGCAUGAGGAGAUAAUGUGAAGUGGACUGAGGACUGUCACUCAUAGUUCAUGUAGAGAACCAGACCGAAAACUGACCUUCAUAACCAGACACCAUGGCUGGAGACGACCACUACCUCCAUCCUUCAAACCAGAUUUUUGAUAAUUUAAUGAUGGAUCCUUCGUGGGAGUUCACACAUUUUCCUGUGAUGUCUCAGAACACGUCACUGCACACAGUGGAUGGACCGUUCCUGCAGAUCGUGGAGCAGCCAAAGCAGCGUGGUUUCAGGUUCAGGUACGGCUGUGAGGGUCCAUCUCAUGGCGGUCUGCCCGGUGCCUCCAGUGAGAAGAACAGGAAGACCUACCCCACUGUCAAGAUCAGUAACUACCAAGGUCCGGCCCGGGUGGUGGUCCAGCUGGUCACGGCAUUGACCCCCCACCCCCAGCUUCAUGCUCACAGUCUGGUGGGGAAACAGUGUGAUAAAGGGAUCUGUAUGGCUGACUUACAGCCCAAAGACUCAACUAUCAGUUUCCCUAACCUCGGCAUCCUCCAUGUGACGAAGAAGAACGUAGCCAAGACUCUGGAGGAGAGGAUGAUGGAGGCCUACAGGAUGGGACACAACGGUGGAGUCUCCAUCCACCCUGAGAUCGACGCCCUGCAGGGGGAAGUCCGAGGACCACGAGAGCUCACAGACCACCAGCGCAGUGUGAUCAGCUCGGCGGCGGCUGUUCAGGCCAAAGAAAUGGACCUCAGUGUAGUUCGCCUCAUGUUCACGGCGUUCCUCCCCGACAGUGACGGCGGCUUCUCCCGACGGCUCGAGCCCGUCGUGUCUGACCCGAUCUACGACAGCAAGGCUCCAAACGCGUCCAACCUGAAGAUCGUGAGGAUGGAUCGAACAGCUGGCUGUGUGAGUGGUGGAGAGGAAGUCUACCUACUCUGUGACAAAGUCCAAAAAGACGACAUCCAGGUUCGCUUUUAUGAAGAAGAUGAGUCUGGGUUGACCUGGGAGGCUUUGGGAGAUUUCUCCCCUACAGAUGUUCACAGACAGUUCGCCAUCGUAUUCAAGACUCCAAAGUACCGAGACCAGAACCUUCAGAAACCAACGUCAGUGUUCGUCCAGCUCAAGAGGAAGUCCGACAACGAGACCAGCGAGCCCAAACCCUUCACCUACCACCCACAGAUCAUAGAUAAGGAGGAGGUGCAGAGGAAGAGACAGAAGACGUUACCGAACUUCCAGGACUUCAGCGGGCACGGAGGAGGAAGUCUGUACCGAGGAGGAGGAGGAGGACCUGCCGCAGGAGGAGGACCAGGCUCUGCCGGAGGAGGAGGUUACUUUCAAGGCUUCAACACCUACAACACCUAUGGAGGAGGGGGAGGAGGAGGAGGUUACUCUACAGGUUACUCAGGUGGUCUGGGAGGAGGAGGAGGAGGCAUGAAACACGGCGGGAGUGUCUCUCAGGGCGAAGCAGCGGACGACAGCGGUGACGACAGCGAUCCCGACAAUGACUCAGGGUCGGGGGCGAUGCUAAGACUUUCGACCCAAACAGACAGCCCAGAGGUCAGGGAGAGGAUGGAAGAGGGAGGGGCCAGUGAGGAGCCGGAGCCAGAAAGAGAAAAGCGUCUGUUUGAGGAGACCAGCAGACAGCUGCAGGCUCUCUUUCAGUACUCAGUUACUGGAGAUUCAGCGUACCUCCUGGCUCCACAGCGCCCCCUGAUGGAUGCCCAGGACGAGGAUGGAGACACUGGGCUCCAUCUAGCAGUUCUCCACAGCCAGCAGGAGGCGCUGAAGAGUCUGGCCCAAGUCGUCUCUGCUCUGCCGGGCGAGGAGGUGCUCAACAUGAGGAACCAUCUUUACCAGACUCCUUUGCACCUGGCCGUGAUCACCCAGCAGAGGGAGACGGUGGAAGCGCUGCUAUUGGCCGGCGCCGACCCUACGCUUACAGAUCGUCAUGGCAACACGGUUCUCCACCUGGCGUCCCAGCUGGAGGGCGGAGGGAUGGUCCGUUUUUUACUGCAACAACGAGAGCUGAGAGGGCUGCUGGAGCACGCCAACACAGCGGGUCUGUGUGCCAUCCACCUGGCCAUUCUGUCCAAUCAGCUGUCUUCUCUCAGGGAGCUCCUGGAAGGCGGGGCUAACGUGGAAGCUCAGGAACGCAGCUGUGGACGGACCGCCCUCCACCUCGCCACCGAGGCAGACAACGUGUCUUUGGCCGGAUGCCUGCUGCUGGAGGGUAACGCCAAGGUGGACAGCUGCACCUUUAACGGCUCCACCCCCCUCCACAUCGCAGCGGGGCGGAGCUCUGUCAAACUAACAGCUCUCCUCAUGGCUGCAGGUGCCGACCCUCACAGAGAGAACUUUGAGCCAUUGUUCUUCAGAGACAAUGACUGCUGUGAUGAGGAGAGGGAUGAGGAGGAGGAAGAUGAAGGCUACAUCCCAGGAACGACUCCCCUCAACAUGGCUGCCAACACGCAGGUGUUGGAGCUGCUGAAUGGGAAAGAGUACAAACCAAAAACUCCUCAGAGAGACUUCAGCCCUACUCAAAGCGACUUGUCGAGUCUGGACAUGGAGGUGAGACAGGAAGUGUGUCGCUCUCUGGAGAGUGAAGGAUGCUGGGAGAAUCUGGCUCACAGUCUGGGUCUGGGGAUCCUGAACACAGCCUUCAGACUGAGCCCGUCCCCUGCGAAAACACUGCUGGACAGCUACGAGGUCUCAGGUGGGACCGUCAGCGACCUUCUGGCUGGUCUGAGGUCAGUUGGGGAGUGCAGAGCACUGAGUAUCCUUGAGGAGGCGCUGGGCUGCCAUGAUAACCAUGUGGCAACUGGGGCUCUGAGCGCUUGUGUUCAGGACCUGAAGGUGGACGUUCAGAUUGACAGCGGGGUCUGUGACAGCGGGGUGGAGCUCUCUACGGCAUGAUGACAUCAUGGGUUUAUCUGAAUCCAGAUAUUCGUAAUCCAUCUGUUGACGUCUGCGGUCCAGCAGAGGUCUCUUCUUCUCUCCAUGUUGGAUUUCAGGGCUGAAAGUUUUCCCUCACAAAGGUUUUAAUAUGUUUUUAAUGAAAUAGGUCUGAUUUUUAACCCCAUGUUACAGGAAACGUUUAUUUUUUUUAGCAACUAAGACAAACUCACAGUUGUUUAACUGACGGGAAAUUUAAAAAUUAAAUAUUUGGUUUGAUAUUUUCAGCCCACACUACACUCCAACAGCUCAAACAAGAAUGUAAAUCGGGUUUUUGUUUCACAUUCAAGACAGUCCAAAUUAUUUUAUGUUCCUACAGCUGAUUGUGAUUUUAUAGAGCAGGAAUGUUCAAGGGUCUGUAUUAAUGGUGAAGGGUAUGGCUCUGCAGGCAAACUGUUGGCCCAGGGUUAAAGUAAACCUGUCAUGAGAAGACUGCUGUAAUCACAGAUACACCAGUGUUGACAUAAUGUUUCUUUAAAGAAAUACAACCAUUCAAACUUUGAACUAAAGACAUUGACAAAAAAAAUCAGCCUGUUAAAAAGAAUAGAGUUGACUGGGAUUGUAAUUGAGUUGAACCCUCAUUGACUCUUGAACAUAAACUAAAUUCAGAGUUGAAUGUGUUUUUAUGUGUGGCAGAUGUUUGGCGUCUGCAGGGAAAGGUGCUAUAAAUACUGAAUGAUUGUAGAGAGGCUGAUCGCCCUCAUGGAUGGUUUCAUAUCCUCACAUGUCAGUUUAAACAUAUAAUUCAUGUGUUCAGACUAAAAGAAUGUGAAACUGUCCUUCUAAAGUGUGCAUGUUUGAUUUUUAUUUGUUUAGUGUUUUUUUAUUUUCAGUUCCAAGGGCGUUUUCUUUUCUGCCUCCACUCAGAAAACUGUUCUGAUCUUUGUUUUAAAACGUCUCUUUCAGUCUGAUAACAUGGAGCCUGGCUUCUUUAGUAAAAAGAAAACAAGAAACAUGAGGCAUUGUGGGAAAAGAAGUUCAAUUUAAAACCAAAUCUUCUGAUGAUAUUUAUAUCUUUGCCCUUCGCUGUACAGUUUAACACCAGCUUUAUUUGGUUCAGUUGUUAUUUUUUAAAUAAAGUGUUUUUUUAUAUUUAAGA